GACCGCUCCCUCUCCCUCUCCCCCUCCCCGUCGUCGCUCUCUUGGGAUAUCCUUUCUCGGUCCAGCGCCGGUGCUCUCAAUCUGCGAGCAGGCGACGAGAAGUGGCAUCGAGCGCUGCUGCUGCUGCUGCUGCAGCUGCUGGAGGUUUGUUUGGGUUGGCGGCUCUCGAAGAGGCGAGGGGAGAUCGAGCGGGGAGGAUGAGCAUGGGAAUGUCGGGCUGAGGGCGCGAGCUGGGUCUAGGAGGCUGCGGGGCUGUUGGGAGCCAUGGCUGCCGCGAGCUCGUGCGGGUGCCCCCCUCUCGUGUCGAGCUGCGCUGGGGAUUUUGGCAAGCGGCGGUUGGAAUUUGCCGUCGGGUCCUCGGUGAGGAUUUCGCCUUGUCGUCUGCACUCUGCACAUUCUGCUCUGUUGCCUGUUUUUCGGGGAAGCCUUCGCGGUGGGAGGAAUUGUGAGGAGUCGGGUUCUCGAGCUGUGGGUUCGGAGUCGCUGCUUGGGCUUCUGGCUCUUAAACCCGAGGAGUCUUUCGGGAGUUUUGGUGAAUUGCGGUGCGGUCGAGGAGAGCAGAGACGAGGCGAGAGGUGUGCAAUUGUCGCGAAUGUUGUGAGCAGGACGGGCGUUUCUACUUUGGAGGGAAAUCAGUCUUGUGGUUCCGGGAUUUUCGAAACUGAGGGAGAGGUGCAGCAUCAAGAGAGGGAUGGGGCGGUGGGAGGUCCUUGCAGAGAGCAUGCGGCACCUCCUGCGGUCAGCAGCAAUGGAUCUGUGACUGCAGAUGUGGAGGUCGAGGUCGCAGAAGAGCUCAACUCUGGGAAGGAAUUGGAUCCACAGCUGGAGUCCAGAGAAAGUGUGGUAGAGACUGGAGAGGAAAAGAAUAGGACGGGGAAUGGUACGCCGAGCUCGAGUAAGAGUGGGAUGAGGUGGAGCAUGCUGUUGAGCACAGCUGCACUAGAGGAUGCCCAUUUGUCACGAGCUAGCAGCGUGACCGACGCUCAUGUGUUACGACGCAAAGGCAGACUAAAAGAACAGGAUGGUCUUAUCGAGUUCAUUAUAUCAAUGCACAACACUCAUUCUCCCUUUCAGGUUAUGGAGAAGGUGGAAAGGUGGAUCCGGGAGCACUUGGAGGACCCCAAGCGCAGCACUCUCGCAAGGCUUGUGCCCUCAGUUGGCCGUUUUUAUACACCGUUACCGCUUGUUCGAGCUCUGCAAGAGUAUGACGAAUUCGCUUCGCUCUCAAGGCGGAGAUAUGUACCACCAAAUUUUGCAGAAAUUCGUCAUGUCUUAAACAUCGCUCAGGUACAUGCUAUUGCGGGACAACUUUCUUUGAUAACUUUUGAUGCAGAUGGAACACUUUAUGCUGAUGGGCAUCACAUUCAACGGGACAACAAAAUGAUAGAUCAUAUUAUAAAACUGAUGCAGGAGGGGUGCCAUGUUGCCAUAGUUACUGCGGCAGGGUAUCCUGGAGAUUCUUGCCGAUACGAAGAUAGAUUGGCUGGGUUACUGGCCGCUUUUAAGGAUUUAGAGCUGCCACCUCGGAUUACUCAACUUUUCCACGUCAUGGGCGGCGAGUGUAACUAUCUUCUUCGCGUAACGAAGGAUUACAGGCUUGACUUUGUUCCGGACGAGCUAUGGCAGACUCGUGACAUGCAAGAAUGGUCUCAGAGUGAUGUACAGAAGCUGCUUGAUGAGGCCGAAGCUUCGCUAGUAUCUGCUGCAGCUCGUUUACGGUUGCCUGUUGAACUCAUUCGGAAGCCGAAAGCUGUUGGUGCAAUCCCCAAAGAGCCAACAAUCUACGAGGUUUUGGAAGAGAUGGCACUCACAGUCCAGAUGCAGCUCAUAGAUUCAAAAUUACCUUAUUGUGCUUUCAAUGGUGGAAAUGACGUAUUCGUGGAUGUGGGAAAUAAGUCCGUCGGGCUUGAAGCCCUUAUGAAAUUUUUGAGAAAAGGUCCGAAAGAAACUUUGCAUGUUGGAGAUAGAUUCACUCUCAGUGGAAACGACUCAGCAACCCGCUCGAAAUGCUCCAUUUUGUGGGUUGCAAAUCCUGAAGAGACAGGAUUUUUUACUCGUGUCCUUCUCCGUGAAGUUCAAUUGUCAAGAUUGAUUCCCUAUAUUGAGUAAGAAUAAACGUAAUCUCCAGUAUUGGCGAGUGCUUUGUGCAUGGAUGAAUUCUGUAUGUCGCUCGAUGUCCGCCAUCUCUUCCAUGUUGGUAAUUGCACUACAAGGUAUCUAUAUGGGAGGGUUUCAAAUGUCACAGCUGAAUGGAUCUUACAUACUUCACGGUGUUUCAUACCUUACAUCGGAUUUUCUCCGUACUGGCUACUCUUGUCAACAGUAGUGGGCUAGCGUCAAAUAGACAAAUAGACCUCUCUUUUGCUUCCCUACUCCUAUUUAGGAAGGAACCUGUCGGAUCGGCUGCACGCAUCGCCCGCUUAGGAAACCGUGAUGUGUUGAACCACAGAUUCUCUUUCGCUUUUAUUACAAGCUUUGGCCAUUUUCGCGACACAAGACACAUACGAGUGUGAUUUCACAAAUGC